ACGCAGACAGCAGCACGGCAGCGCCCGGUAUAACAUGAUUAGCGCUUUAUUAGGUCCGCUGCUGAGCACAACUAGAUGCAACACAGGGAUCAUUGUGUGGGGAGAGAGAGGAGACGCAGAGGGGAGACUUGACGCUUCAUCCGCCACAUGGAUCUUCUUUGCUUCUUAUUGAUCUGCUUAAAGAAGUUACCCGCUGUCAGUUUUUUAAUGCCCGUGUGUCUCUGGCACUGGGGAGGUUGUGUCACCACUCGCUGCCUCAGAUGAAGUGACAGCCUUGUAAAUAAAAAGAGCUUUAACUUGAAGAGGUAGUGCAAGAUGAAAGGGAACAAUCCCGGAAUGCCUCAGAGGAGUGAUGCAGUUCCUUCUUUUCUCAACCCUUCUGUGAGCUACUAGCACUGUCCUUCCUGGUGGAUAAUAAUUGUUAACCUCAAGUGAACUCAAGUGAUAGGGAGCGGGCCAAUCUGCUUUGAUGGGGUUCGACAACGACACCAACCAGACUCUUUCAGGAGUGGCCUCUUACAGCAUCCGGAUCUCCCUGCCGCUCACAGUUCUGGUGGGGCUCAUGAUCCUGCUGACAGUAUUUGGUAAUGUGCUGGUGGUCAUAGCUGUGUUUACAAGCCGGGCCCUGAGAGCUCCGCAGAACUUAUUCCUGGUGUCGUUGGCAUCAGCGGACAUUUUGGUGGCUACCCUCGUCAUGCCCUUCUCCUUGGCCAACGAGCUCAUGGGAUACUGGUACUUUGGUGAGGUGUGGUGUGAGAUAUAUCUGGCACUUGAUGUUCUUUUCUGCACCGCCUCCAUUGCUCACCUCUGUGCUAUCAGCUUAGACCGUUACUGGUCCAUCACACAGGCCAUCGAGUACAACCUGAAGAGGACACCGCGCCGCAUCAAGUGCAUCAUCUUCAUUGUGUGGGUCAUCGCAGCUUUGAUCUCCUUCCCACCUCUAAUCACCAUGGAGAAAGAAAAUAGCGAGGAGGACCGUGUUUGCAAGAUCAACAAUGACAAGUGGUAUGUCAUCUCCUCCUGCAUCGUCUCCUUCUUCCUCCCUUGUCUCAUCAUGGUCCUGGUGUAUGUGCGGAUCUACCAGAUCGCCAAAAAGAGGACGCGGGCACCACCAGGGGACAGGAAGCACAAGGAGAUGGCAAAGACGGCUGCUGCUGCCAACCAGAAGAAUGGGUUGGGUGUAACCAAGGGCGAGGAUAAGCUCUGCCAUGAGAAGCUGAACGGCGAGCGGGACAUCAAGCUGAAGGAGGGAGUGGGAGGUGAAGGGGGAGCAGAUGAGGAGAAAGAUGAGGUCAACGGGGUGGACAUUGAGGAGUCGUCCUCCUCCGAUCACAAAGUGAACAAUCCCUGCUCGAUCAAAAAGAAAGCGGCCAAGGGGAAAACCAAACUGAGCCAAAUCAAACCCGGGGACAACGAGGUCCCAAAGCGGGUGCUGAGCACUAAGGGCAGUCGCUGGAAGGGCCGGCAGAACCGAGAGAAACGCUUCACAUUCGUCCUGGCUGUGGUCAUCGGAGUGUUUGUCAUCUGCUGGUUUCCCUUUUUCUUUACAUACAUGCUGAUGACACUGUGUGAGUCCUGCCCCGUCCCCGACACCCUGUUCAAAUUCUUCUUUUGGUUUGGCUAUUGCAACAGUGCGCUAAACCCCAUCAUUUACACCAUCUUCAACAAUGACUUUAGGAGGUCGUUCAAAAAGAUACUAUGCAGGAGGGACACAAGACGAUAUGUAUGAUGGGCUGCAGCACCGUGAACAUACUUUUUUUUUUUACUAUUAUGUAUAUAAAUUGUAAAGUAUGUUGACCAUUGUGCAUGGAUCACUGGCUUGUGAACGCUCUAGGUGUAAAGUAACUGCUUGGAAAGGCUUUCCCGAGACGAGCUUUACGUGCAGCAUUAGCCCAAUGACUUUCUCUUUCUCACCACAUUGACCACCCACAGUUUAAACACAAACCACCACUGUACAGAGAGAGGUCUGAACACCAACGUGAAACCGUGUUUCUAUCGUAAAUGUUAUUUUUAUUUUUAUAAAUGAAACAAACAUAGUGAAGUCCAUGAUAUGUGUUGUAUUUCACAACAGUAUGUUGUACAAAAAUGACCUGUCUGAAUAUUUGUCUCUAUUUUCGUUGUUAUGGAUACAGUAUU